CUGUCCUCCAUCCUCCUACUCCUUGCAUUCGCUUCCCCGAAUCAAGAACUUGUGCCCCGGUCUCGUCGCGUCCGUCCAACCACCCAGUUAGCGAUCUACCAUGGGGCUCCUCACCAUCUUGAAGAAAGUGCGGCAGAAGGAGAGGGAGAUGAGGAUAUUGAUGGUUGGGCUGGACAAUGCCGGAAAGACGACUAUCGUCAAGAAGUUCAAUGGCGAAGAUAUUGACGUUGUCAGCCCAACGCUUGGUUUCAACAUCAAGACCAUGGACUACGAUGGUUACAAGCUCAACGUUUGGGAUGUAGGUGGGCAGAAGACGUUGAGGAGUUAUUGGAGGAACUACUUCGAGGCGACCGACGGUCUCAUCUGGGUGGUUGACAGUGCUGACACUCGUCGUCUGAAUGAUUGUGCUGAAGAGCUACAGAACCUGCUAGUUCAGGAGAAACUCGCCGGGGCUUCACUGCUCGUGUUUGCAAACAAGAAGGAUUUGCCGGGAGCAAACUCCAAGGAAGAGAUUCAGCAGGUGCUGAAGUUGGACGACGUCACAAAUCGACAUUGGAGCAUACAAGACUGUUCGGCUGUCACUGGAUCAGGAUUGGUUGAAGGAGUGGACUGGAUUGUGAAGGACAUUGCAAGUCGCAUCUACAUGCUUGAUUAACAUGGAGGUUGGGAGGAGUUUCCUUCCAUGUAGCGUUCUGUUCCAUUGCAUACAUGCCACUGUUGAACCG